AUGGCCAUCAUGGAGCAGUUCAGGGACGGAGCCAUCGAUUCCAUUACCAUGGAAAAUUGGAUGGCAUACACCGGACCUGUUAGACUGAAGGCGAUGCCCGGUGUAAACAUCAUCGCUGCGGCCAAUGGAUGCGGGAAAAGCGCCAUAGUCUGUGCUAUCGCAAUCGGACUAGGCUUCGAGCCAAAUGUCUUGGCUAGGGGCGACAACAUUCACUUGUUCAUCAAGCGUGGUUUCAAGCAAGCUAAGUUACGCAUUGGGCUAGUAGACCGCCAGGCAAAAGGAGGAAUCACGCUGGUAGACCGCACAAUGACAAUCACUUCAUCGUCAAACGCAUCCCAACCCAUAGAUCCGGAUAGUGAUGAAGAGGAAUUCGCAGAAGAAUACGGACAAGAGGAAGAUGGGGAUGAUCCACUGAAGUCAGUGAAAAGGAGGCGAACACCAAAGGCAGCGCCAGACGAUGAUUAUGAAGGCGAGGCAACUGAAAGGAAGGAUAGGCUGGAGGCCAAAAAGCGAAGAGCCGCCAGGCAGAAGGCAGCCAAGAAAAAGGCGGAGGCUGAUAGUAAAGCUGCAGCUGCUAAACCUAAACGCACCAGCAGGAAGAGUAACACCCCCAAAGUCACGGUAAGGAACGAGUGGGCGAUCAAUGGCAAGUCAGCGACGCUGGAAAUGGUGAAGCAGCUUCAAAAACGCCUGAAUAUACAAGUGAACAACCUUAUCACCUUCCUUGCACAGGCCAAAGUUGGCAGGUUCGCGGCAAUGACGCCGCAACAGCUGUUCCGGGCCACUCUAAACGCCAUCGAGCCCUCGCUGUGCGACGACCUAGACGAGAUAACGGAGAAGUCGAAAGAGCUCACGGUGAUGCGCUCCAAAACUCAGAUGCUUGUGGAUGAUCUGAAUGCUACCGGCGUCAAAAUUGCGCAGCUCAAGGUCAUCAGCGACACGCUUAGCAAAAUGAAGGAUGCCACUCUUUACGCCAACCUAGUCAAGCAAAGACUGUACCGCAUAAAAGUUGCCAACCUGGAGAAGGGCCUCAAGGCCACGAGGACAAGGUUGAAUUCCACCGCCAAUGAGUACAGGGCGGCCGAGGAGGAGAAGACUGCAAUGGAACAGAAGCUCAAGGGUCUCAAUUCUGAAACUAACCGCGUCUUACGUAAAGCGAAAUUAAAGCUCGUAAAGGCUAAAGCGAUAACCCUAAUGAACGUCGUAAAACCCACCAAGCAGAGCAGUGUUGGCAUGUUGCCCCUAAGCGACGAUAAUGCAUUCGACAAGGUCUACUUUAAAGUGAUUACCGAUAUGCGCACUUUCGCCGCAAAGCAUGCUCCGAAUAACACAAUGGGACAAACGACGAUCGUGAACAAGGACGUUCUGGAAAAAAGGCUUGAUUCCGUUAACAAGGAGAUCGAGCUUCUUAAAAUGCAAAUAACGGGCGAAAACGAGCUCACCAUGGAGAUCGCUGACUGCAGGAUGAACGAGGAAACACUGAAAAGCACUCUACGCAGGUUGCAGGGAACAGCAAUUCGCAAAUACGGGGACAUACAAGUAGAAAACCUGCUCAAGAACCUGAACGCCAUCAAACGCGACGGGUACCGCCAGUUCAUCCGGUGGAGGCGCGAACAAAUCAGGGAGCACGAACGGGCAAUUGCAAAUAUGCCUGAAUCGAAGACUGAUGAUGCCGAGCAGUCGAGCAAAACCGAGUCCAAAGGUGAUGAGCAGAAUGCAAAUGAGAACGGCGAAAAACAGAGCGCUGGCAACGACGCAAAUGUGACGGGUGGGGAUGCCAUCAACAACGAGAAUGCCGCAGAUAAACAAGCUUCACAGCAAAGCAAGGCUCCGAAAUUGCCGAAACUGCUAAUAUCGGACAUGAAGAUUCGUGGACGGGUAAAUUGUUGCAUAAUCGAGGAGGCGGCAAGCCGGUACUUGGACUGUUUAAUGCUUCCAAAGGACUCAUCCAUUACAGUAACAACGGUGCUUACCAAAUUCAAAAUCCCGUCGGUGACCGCCCCGGAAGAUACCCCGGUGCUGUGCGAAGUCACUGAAGUUAUGCGAAGCUUCGGCGUGAAGCAUUUCCUGCACGAGCUAGUGGAAUGCACCGAUGUGGAUACUAAAUAUACUCUGGCCUCGGUUGCAAAUUUGGGAACAGCAUUCGUGGUAGAUGAGGACUUUCUGCUAGCUAAGAUGGAGAAGGAGAUGAACUCUGACCCAUCGGCGCCUGCUGUGUCGGGAGCCCCUCCUGAGGACUGUACGGAUCCUACUUCACCAGCAACAUCACCUGUAAAGGCUGAUAAAUCAGCUUCCGAUCAAGUUGCACACAACUUACCCGAUAACCUAACACAGGAAGAAGGCGCUGAAGUUGCCACGGAUCCAGUUGAUAGUCAAAGUCAAACUGCGCCGAUGCAUGAAGAAACACCAUCGGGGUCCGCCAACGAAUGCGAGAAUUCUUCUCCUUUAGUAAAAACGGAGGAUAAAGCUGGUGGAAACUCUAACAAUGCAAGCUCAGGUGAAACACCGGAAAGGGUUGUGGCCAAAGCGCCAGUGAGGCGACUGAUCACUAGGGAAACCAAAUACUCUAGGUUUAGAAGCGCGGAAACUUCCCGUUCAGCAGAUGAGAGUAGCCAGUCCCCUAACCAACCAAUAAAGUCAAGGUCGCAAACUUUACCUCCCAACACCUGCAUUUCACCAGCUCCCGACGCCAGAACGGCAAACACGAUGGGUGUAACGAAACGUGAAUCCAAAAAGUCGGCUGAUGAUAAACACUACAAAACUGACGUUCAAAACAAGAUGGCACAGCAGGAUAGAGCAAAUGACAAUCCGCAUCACGACCGCCAGGCCAAAGAGGAGCGAUUCUUCCGCAAGUUUUACGAUUGUAUGGUGAAGGAGAUUGGAAAGCAGGUUGGACAACAUGUCCGCAUUCUGAGGUACUACGUUGGCACGAAAAGGCACAUUUACAGGUCGUUCAAGGAUGCAGACGAUGUCUACAGUGACUACGCGGUGGAAAUACCCACCGCACCGACGAUGCUCCACGACAGCAGCAUGCUAGUUCAGUCCGACAGCGCCCAGAUGAUAGAUACCGUAGAGCGCGAACUAAAAGAAGUUCUGGAACGAAUCUCGGUGCUAGGAGGUAUGCUGUAUGGUCGCAAACAGGAUAACAAAGCCGUUGGCGGCAGGCUGUACGCUCUGAGCCGGGAGCAGAAAUCCUUGGAGAAAACGCUGCAAGGCAUAGACGGAACCUUCGGCACCGGCAAGUCGAAAGACAAGCGCAAGGAGGAGAUCGAAAAAAUGGAAGAUGCCCAAAGGGAGGAACUAAAAGAGGCCAUCAAAGAAAGGACUGACGCUAUCGAGAGGUGGAUCGAGAAGACCAAACUGCGAAGGACGACGCUGCAAGAGGCACACGAUCUAUACACUCAAUAUAAAACAUUGAAUAGGCGGAAGACACGACUAGAAGACCUGUUCAAAAUAUCUUUAACCACUUACGAAGAGGUAAAAACGGAGUUCAAAAGGCUCGAAGGCACGCUGUCCGAGCAGGAAACCAAACACAAGCAGUACGUGAAGGAUAUCAGCGAGCUGAACAUCCUCAUUAAAGCCAUCAGCGGGGAAAUAGUCAACGCGAAUGCCGGGGAAGAGCAGUCGGAGCAGGUCCGGGAACGCGAAGCUUUGAAAAUCCGGCAGGAGAAGGCGAGCAAGCUGGACAAUAUGACGGAAGCUGAUCUCGAACGCGAGCUGCAAAUCGCUGAACUGAAAGUCAAGCAGUUGGAGCGUGACGACUGCGAAGAAGCCCAGAAUGCAAAGGACAUGAGGGACUCAAUGAUACACGAGGAAAAGCUGUCAACCGAGAUCGCAAUGGCGGAGGCCAAGGCGAAGGAACUUAACGACGAAAAAGACCUCCUCUACGAUACGUGGAUUAAGCGCGUGACAGCCUUGGUCGCCCGGAUAGACGCCAACUUCGGCAAGUACAUGCUGGAAAUCGGAGAGGGCGCGGGUGGCCAAAUCAGGCUGGAGGCGAAGCUGGAUGACAUCAAGGAUGCCCAAAUAAAGGUGUUGGUGAAGUUCCACGGAGACAGGGACAUGCUGCCUCUCGCCUCGUCGUACCAGUCGGGCGGCGAACGCGGCGUGACAACGAUGGUCUACAUAUUGGCGGUGCAGCACCUCACCAGCAACGCCUUCUUCGUCAUCGACGAAAUCAACCAGGGGCUGGACUCCAACUACGAAACGCGCAUCAUGACGCUGCUGCUAAACACACACAUCUCCAACAACGAGCCACCGUUGGGCGAAACUGGCAGCGAGUCGAGCGAAACGAACGAAGUCGUAGUGGCCAAGGCGCCGCCACAGUACUUCGUUCUGACUCCUCAGCUGAUCUCCGGAAUCGACCUACGGAACGCUACCAUGCACUUCCCCCUCAACGGACCCGGUGUUAUCAACGGGAUGGUGCUUUGA